CUCGUUCCCAUGAAGGACUACCCUUUCUUCCUGGCUCAGCUCAGUACCUUCGGACCAUGCAAAGGAUGGGGAGACUGACCAACCAGGGGUUGGAGGAUGAAUGGAAAUAUGCACUUCUUUAUGUGAGGAGGGACCUGUUAACUGAGAGUCCACUGUGGGCAUGAUAAUUGAUCGACAGUCAAUUGAGAAAAACAAAGGCCAAGAACAAAUGGAUGAUGACUAGGAUAGUUGACUGGAGAGUUAACUGCCACAGUUGGGAGCGUAAGAAAAUAGGGUUUUUGUUUCCACCGACUAUUAACCAUAAGGAGGGAGGGAGGGCAAGUCGUACUUCUUGAAGUCAGAACUUUUCAUACCAUCACAAGCCAGGGAAGUUAGUUAGGCUGUUGCUUAGGCGGUUUAGUUUGUUAUAGAUUGCAACAGCAAUCUGUUAUUAAGACAAGCUGAGUAUAAAACUCAGCCAUGCCUUCUCCCUCUUGUAACUUUCGAUUACAUUGCAUUUCGGUAAAGUUGAGUGAGAUCUUUUCUUCUUCUCUCUUGCCAUUUAUCUUUUCGUGCCCUAGGUUUCUGUUUCAUUUCCAAUCUUAUUGGUUUUCCCUGCACUUAUAUACUUAAGAUAGUAUACAUUUGAUCAGCUUCUUGGCAACCCACAUACAGAGGUAUCACCUAUCUGCAAGAUGAUCUCAGGAUAACUUUCAUUAGCAGUGUAAAGUCACUCUUGAAUAUAUCAUUAUUCUAUUCUGGCUUCAGAUAGGUUUCUUUAAUGGUUUUUGAGGAUUAAAAUAAUAAAGGCCUGUAGAGUUAAGCUCAAUCAUGGGAGGGAAUUUCACUAUCUACAAAAGGUAUGUGGCUAUCUAUUUUUUUAUACUGUGCAUGAGAUACCGUGCGGGGAUUGUAACUGAUGAAAUGAUGACUAUUCCUAAAUUACCUUUUCUGAUAAUUGGAAUUCUAGAGGCUCUCGGAGUUGCAUCUGGAAUGUCUUCUGGCGCCAUGCUUCCUGGACCAGCUAUACCCGUUCUGAAUCAGACAUUCCUGGUGUGGCAGUUGGGCUUUUCUACCCUUCUCCUAGGGAGAAAGUACUCAUGGAAUAAGAUUGCUGGCUGCUUGCUUGUUGCUGCUGGGGUAGUUGUGGCAGUUGCAAGUGGGCCGGAUUCUGGCCAACUGUUAUCAGGUGUUGGGUUUGUCUGGCCAAGUUUAAUGAUUGCUUCAAGUUCUUUUCAGGCUGCUGCAUCCAUUCUCAAGGAAUUUGUUUUCAUUGAUGCUGCGAACCGCAUCAAGUCUAUGCAGGGAAAGUCACUUGAUAUAUUUGUUGUCAAUUCCUUUGGAUCUGGAUUUCAGGCCCUCUUUGUGCUUCUUUUUCUGCCCUUCUUGUCGAACUUGAAAGGCAUACCUUUUUCCCAACUUCCUCAGUACCUGAAGAGUGGAGCUGGUUGCUUUUUCAACAUUGGAUCCCAAACUCUAGGUUGUGACGGUGCUCCAUUAUUACCCCUACUUUACAUAGUUACCAAUAUAGCAUUCAACAUAUCCUUGCUCAAUCUGCUAAAGAUUUCCUCUGCAAUUGUCUCUUCUGUUGUAGUAAUGUCUUCAGUGCCGGUUGCAAUUUACAUUCUCUCACUUCCAUUGCCAUACCUUCCUGAAGGUGUAAGUUUGAGCCCCUUCUUCCUCUUUGGCAGCGUGAUUCUUGUGUUGGGUCUCAUUCUAUACAACAUACCUCAACCUCUCAAGCAAGAAUCUCAAGUUGACUAACACUGCCGCCAAUCGCCAAUAUUUCACAUCUCCUGCUGUAAAUGCUGUCAUUUGCAGCGGGUUGAGUUAGCCGCAAUCAUUCUUUUGUUGCAUUGUAUGUAUAAAUUCAAAAUCCGGUAUUAGUUUUGUUCCAAUAUGUUAAAUCCAAAGUAUUGUAAGAUCUCAAAUUUUUUCUGUGACAAACUUGUGCCUGCCUGAAGAAGCCCUAUUACGAACAGUUCAACUGAUUAGAUUGCAAAGAAAAAAAAGAAUCAUAUCUCA